AUAGGGACUCACUGACAUGGAUUCACAGGUGACACAGAUGGGGUUCAGUACUAUGGAUAUAAUAUAUUUCAAAAUAUAUUUCUUUGUAUUUUUGUAGAUUUCCCAACAUGUCAUAUAUUUACAUGCCUUUUUUUUCUCGUUACAGAUUCUGUGAGCAGAUUCAGUGAGCAAGUUCUGUGAGCGUAUAAAGUCAAGAUCACCAGAAAAGACGCAGAAAAGGCUGUGUCAAAGUGGCUGAUUGGCGCCAGAGACAGGGGUGGGGUACAGAAAUGCGAGGGCCCGUGCUGGGGAGCAAAAUGGAUUGGCAGGCUCUAAUCUCACAAUUCAGCACUGUGAAAUUGUGGCUUCAGCUUUACAAUCAUCAAACUCCCCGCUGAGAGAGCUGGACCUGAGUAACAAUGACCUGCAGGAUUCAGCAGUGAAGUUACUGUGUGCUGGACUGAAGAGUCCAAACUGUCAACUCAACAUACUGAGAUUGGCAAUCUGUAAUCUCACUGAUCAGCACUGUGAAACUAUGGCUUCAGUUUUACAAUCAUCAAACUCUUCUCUGAGAGAGCUGGACCUGAGUAACAAUGACCUGCAGGAUUCAGGAGUGAAACGGCUGUGUGCUGGACUAAAGAGUCCAAACUGUCAACUCAACCUACUGAGAUUGUCUGGCUGUAUGGUGACAGAAGAAGGUUGUGCUGCUCUGGAAUCAGCUCUGAGUUCAAACCCCUCACACCUGAAAGAGCUGGAUCUGAGCUACAAUCACCCAGGAGUUUCAGGAGUGAAGCUGCUCAACCACCUGGAAAAACUCAAUGUGGAUCAUGGAGGAGAGUUCAUGAUCACAUCAGGACUCCACAAAUAUGCCUGUGAUCUCACACUGGAUACAAACACAGCAAACAAACAACUCAUUCUGUCUGAUGAGAACAGAAAGGCGACACGUGUGAAUGAACAACAGUCAUAUUCUGAUCAUCCAGACAGAUUCGAUUAUUAUCCUCAGGUUCUGUGUGUUGAGAGUCUGACUGGACGCUGUUACUGGGAGACUGAAUGGAGUGGAGAUUAUGUUUAUAUAUCAGUGUCAUAUAAAGAAAUCGAGAGGAAAGGAGGGAGUGAUGACUGUUUGUUUGGAUAUAAUGUGAACUCCUGGAGUCUUGAAUGCUCUGAUCACACAUUCAUUGCCCAUCACAAUCAUAAUGACACUGCUAUAUCUGCUGGUUCAUGGUUCAGUAAUAGAGUAGGAGUGUAUGUGGACGUGUCUGGUGGCACUCUGUCCUUCUACAGCGUCUCUGACACACACAAACUCACACACAUACACACAUUCACACACACAUUCACUCAACCACUACACGCUGGAUGUUACCUUUAUCCAAACUCUUCGUUGUCUCUGUGUGACAUUAAACACACACAGACAUUAGUGGACACAGUGUGAGUGUAAUGAUGUGAAAGUGUUGCUGUUGUUGUGUGUGUUUUAAUCACAGGCUUCAGGAAGUUCAAUAUCAGACACACAAGACAGUUUCCUGUUUCAGAUCAUCAGGAUGAAGAUGUUUCUCCAGUCAGAGACACUUUCUGUGUUUCUGUCAGUCAAACACAAAUCACACACUCAAACACACAAAUAAAAUCACAUGUCAUAUUUACACUGUUGUGUCAUAUUAAAAUAUUGUUUAUGCAAAUGAGCGUCAGACUGUGUUUGUAUUUGUUUUCACUCCUUCACAGUCAAAAAUGAUGAGCUUUAAAAAAAAACUUUUUUCUUUUUAUUGGCAAAAGUAAU